CUGAAAACGUUCAAUUCUGAUUGUUUUGUUGUGGAAGUUGGAGAUGCUAAAACUUUCAAAUAACUGCGACUGUCAGAGCUUAACCAAAAUAGUUUAAGAUUGCUGCCAACAUGUUGCCAAACACCACAUUUUCCAAAGAAGCUAUUAGGCCCCAGUGUGUCUUGUAGAGAGCGCUGUUUUCCCGCAGAUUGUCUUAUCAGGGGUCAGCAUAGCUGCACCCGGGACAGCUGUUGGGAGGAGUCAACUGAACUGAACUGAACCUUCAUGUGCUUCGACAGAACCUACAAAACACUCAAACAGUCUUUUAUUUAGCACCGACAGGUCUAAAGAUAUAUAAUGUACUGUCGAUGUUUUGGAGCUAGAGCCUGUCCUGAAUGUGUUCAACAGCCAACUGUGUUCUCCCUCUGAGGAGAACCUGUGAGGUAUUAGCCACUCCAGGCAGACUGUGUGGGGGAGUGUCCAUGUCAGCUAAUUUCCCUGGAGCCAGGUCUCAUGGAGCUCUUCAGGACGCAGAGAUGGAUGUGGCUUGGCAGGAGCUGAUGGCCAUCACCGAGCUGCAGGAGUUUCAAGUCCCCAGUGAAGGCUCCUAUGAAACAACACAGUACCAAGCCAUGGGGCCCAUGGUCCCUAUGGGAGGAUAUGGGAUGGCUCAGUCCCAUUCUGAGCCUCCUCCUGCUGCUUGUGAGCUAAGCACUGUUGGCACUUACAAUGGAUGUUACGCUGAAGAGGUGCCAGUCUGUCAUCGUCCAAGCAGCAAUGUAGAGGCAAUGUACGGACUGCCUGAAUCUCAGCUCAAUCAAAGAAUGCUCCCUACAUCUUCUCACACACAGCCCUCACACAUGAACAUGUCCAGUACCAGUCAAGGUCACAGGAGGGCCAACGCCGGUCCGUCUCAGGAUCUACGCCAGCACAUGCUGUGGACUCCACACGGACAAAGUUCACACGCCCGCUCAGCAGAUGAUCUAGAAUCGGACUCUGGGCUGUCUCUGGGAUCUACGCCACCUCUGGCCUCCCCAGAUAAUCCUGUUUGUGGUGCACCAGGUUACCAGAGUGUAGAGAUAGGCAUGACAUAUAGUGACUGUGAACAAGAGAGCAUGGCUGAGCACGACAGUAGAGCACACAUACAUUACUCAAUGGACUACCAGAGUCACUCUCACUUGCAUUUACACUCCGGUGCACAGCCGUCUUAUUUGCCACCCCAACCCACAUUAUCUCAUACACAAGGUAACGCUCCGAUUCCUCUGUCAGUGAAACAGCAGCGUGAGGCCUCUGCUCUGAACAACCUGUACAUCGACUCUGGCGUGUCCAGCAGAGGGAGCUCACAGCAUAACAUGUAUAUAAAACCACAAGGAAGUAUUUCCACUGCAGCGGUGCUGCUGAGCAGAGAUGAGCGGCGGGCAAGGUCUUUGAAGAUCCCCUUCCCCAUGGAGAAGAUUAUCAAUCUACCUGUGGAUGACUUCAAUGAGCUGCUGACACAGUAUACUCUGACAGAAACUCAACUAGCACUUGUCAGGGACAUUAGACGGAGAGGGAAGAAUAAGGUAGCAGCUCAGAACUGCAGGAAGAGGAAGCUUGAGAGCAUAAUUCACCUUGAAAGAGAACUUAACCAGCUGCAGGCCCAGAGAGAGCGUCUGGCACAGGAAAGGCUCGAGUUUCAGCGCAGCUUGGCUUUUAUUAAAUGUCGCCUUACAGACCUUUAUUCAGAAGUAUUUUCUCACUUGAGAGAUGAAAAUGGACACCCUUACUCAAUAGAUGACUAUGCCCUACAACAGACACCUGAUGGUAAAAUGUAUUUGGUACCUCACACGACUAUGCAAAAGAGAGAACUCAUUUAAUACCUUCACAGUAUACCGCCCGAUUGUGCCAACUGAAAGUAUAACUGAUUGAAAGUUACACAUGGUUAUGAAACCUGCCAAACAUGCAUCAAUGUGAAAAUUGACUGAAACCACACCAUAGUGCCUUAGAAAAAUACUUUAUUAAAAAAAAAUAUAUAUAUAAGACACUGCACAGCAGUCUUCAGUUAAAAAGUCUUCAGCAUCAGCAGGUUGGGUGACGAAACCUUUGAAAAACAGAAUCAAGUUAGAUAUAUCAUUUUGAAACAAGUGACGACAUGCACAAUUUUGAUGUUCUGUACCUGAUUUGAGCCAUUGUCACAGAAAUGAAGUCAGGGUUGGGGGGGGGGGGGUCCAAGUAGGGAGUUUCCUAGAAAGCAGAAAAACCAAAUAAGUAAAACAGUCUUUUGCAAAAAAAGGGAAUUGUUCAUUUUUGUUUAGAGCAUGCAAUAUGUUUAUAGGGCCUCUAUGCACAAUUAGGAGGCCAAUAUUACCAGUCAACAUUGUUGUAAGUCAUAAUAAAAGUUGUUUGCACAAAA